AUGUCGGACCGCCCGUAUGAUACUGAACGCCCAGAAGGGCAUUACGGUAGCUCCGGACUACCUAGCGAUAACAACAUGAGUAUGAAUCACUACGACACAUCUGCUGUUUUUGAUCAGGAUGGCGACGAGCAUGAACAUGUUGCGCCGGAACUCCACCAGCCCCGAUACCAGUAUGCAUCCUCCGUCGCAGAUCGUUUUCGGUUUGGUUUGGCAAAGUUUGCGCAUAAAGUGGGUAUGAAAAUACCAGGCCUCGCAUAUUCCGCGCUCCCCGGGCGUGGAGGAAACCGCGACCGGACGCAGAUGCGGACGCUGGGCGGCGGGAUUCAGCAGGAUGGAGUAUUUUCGAAUAUGAACGCCAAGCCGGAACGGCAGCGAAGAGCGAACUCCGGUGAUCCAGAUGAUCUCGGCGAAGAUGACGAUAUUGCAGACGAUACACUCCCUCCCACCUAUGAUGCUGCUGCUGUGGAUACGGUGCCUACGUACUGGGAAAGCACCGUGUUCGGAGCAAAUCCAAUGGUCGACCUUGAAGGUGGAUGGUCCCCCGAUGGUCCUCAUGUAGGCGAGGUUUCCGAUAUGAUUGUGGAUGGUAUGCUGCUUGGGUCUGUGUUUGGACUAUUAUGGAAUAUGGUGAUCAGUGUCUGCUUCCAAUUUAUCGGAUUUAUUCUCACCUUCCUCCUGCACACGACGCAUGCAGCAAAAUAUGGAAGUUGUGCAGGGCUUGGCAUUUCGCUUGUACAGUAUUCGCUGAGCCUUUUCGAGCGUGCAUACGAAAUCGCGAAAGAAGCACAAAAAGAAGCGGCAAAGCACCGUGGCAAGGAGAAGCCGCCGAAUCAGAACCAGCACCUGCCCUCGGCUGAAGACCUCAGGCAAGUGAGAACCAUUGCGUACAUCAUUUUGGUACUCGGGAUAUUUGCCAUCUUUCACAGCAUCAUCCGUUUUGCCUUGAUGUACCGUAAGGGCUUCAAGCUGGUUGCGGCCGCAAACGCACAGGCACAAACAGGAUCGCAAUUGAAUGGAUCGGGUACCCAGGAACUAAAUGUACAGCCUACGGGAUUUUUCGAGUCGUUCGCAAACCCCGUAUCAUCUAUGGUACAUUCUAUCGGUCGACUCAGGAAUUCCAUUCUAACCGAAGUGGGACUCCUCAGCAAUAUUCGGGACACGCAUUCUGCGGAGGACUACAUUAUUCAUCCACGCGGCGCAAACGUCGUGUUUUCCUCGGCGGAUGAUGCCGAUGGUCCACUUCCAUCGCAUGUGGUGGUACCGUAUGCGGAUCCGUCGAUGCCGCAGGACACACUGCAUAACCUGCGACAAUUCAUGUUCCCAACAUCUGUCGAGGAGUUGGAGAAUAUAGAGUUUGGGCGAAGCAGGUAG